AUGCCAUCCAUGUUCAACCUUAUCCCUCCUUCUGAUGUUGCACCACAGGUUCAUGUACAAUGGAUAGAGACCACUGCCACAAAGCUCCUUGACAACUCGCUUUUCCUAUUGGUUUAUCAGGGAAAAACCAGGAAUUUUGCUCACCCUGCCCUCAAGGAAGCUGUCAUACAAUUCUACUAUACUGGGACCUAUCAAAUCAUGGAUAAGCAUCCUGAGUCCUUCAACAAUUCAGUUCCCCUUUCCUGUCUGGCUCUCGUUACAGCCACAUAUCAUUGUGUGUUGGACAGAUUUGUGAAGAACAGCACAGGAAAGAUGAUGCCUCAAUUCUCCAGCAAGGCUUACAAUUCCAUUUUCCAUGGCAUGAUGAAGGUGCUGAAUGACAUCCUUCAUAAUCCCUAUCACUGUGCAAGGUUGUGUGAUCAGCUUUCUCAGUGGGCAAAGGAAGGAUGGGCUGCACUGCAAGAGGUUGAUUUGAAUGUAGAGAGGUACCAGCACAUUCAGGCAGUCCUUGAUUGA